GUCAGAAGCUGCAGUGUUGUUGUUGCUAGCGCUUUAGCCGCUGCUCUGUUCUUGUCAUGUCACUAACAGCCAAUUUACCGUAAACAUACAGUCACAAACAAACAUUUUCUCAAGCGUUCACCUUUGUGGUGGGAUAAGAAGAUAAAGCUGUAGCCGAGGAGCCGAAAAGUGAGAUGAAAUGACAACGUCAACACUGCAGAAAGCGAUCGAUCUCGUCACCAAAGCCACAGAGGAGGACAAAGCGAAGAAUUAUGAGGAGGCUUUGCGAUUAUACCAGCAUGCCGUGGAGUACUUCCUGCACGCCAUCAAAUAUGAGGCCCACAGCGACAAGGCCAAGGAGAGCAUACGAGCCAAGUGCAUGCAGUACCUGGACAGAGCGGAGAAACUCAAAGACUAUCUGAAGAACAAAGACAAGCAGGGCAAGAAGCCCGUCAAGGAGGCGCAGAGCAAUGACAAGAGCGACAGCGACAGCGAGGGAGAAAAUCCAGAGAAGAAGAAACUGCAGGAGCAACUUAUGGGUGCCAUCGUGAUGGAGAAGCCCAACGUAAGGUGGAACGACGUUGCUGGACUGGAGGGAGCAAAAGAAGCGUUGAAGGAAGCCGUCAUCCUGCCCAUCAAGUUCCCUCACCUCUUCACAGGGAAGCGGACUCCGUGGAGAGGCAUCCUUCUGUUCGGGCCUCCAGGGACGGGGAAGUCGUACCUGGCCAAGGCCGUGGCCACCGAAGCCAACAACUCCACCUUCUUCUCCGUGUCCUCCUCUGACCUCAUGUCCAAGUGGCUGGGAGAGAGCGAGAAGCUGGUGAAGAACCUGUUCGAUCUGGCGCGUCAGCACAAGCCUUCGAUCAUCUUCAUCGACGAAGUGGACUCGCUGUGCGGCUCCAGGAACGAGAACGAGAGCGAGGCGGCGCGCCGCAUCAAGACAGAGUUUCUGGUCCAGAUGCAAGGUGUUGGCAACAAUAACGAUGGUAUUUUGGUGCUUGGCGCCACCAACAUCCCCUGGGUGCUGGACGCUGCCAUUCGCAGAAGAUUCGAGAAGAGGAUCUACAUCCCUCUCCCGGAGGAGCCGGCCCGGGCCCAGAUGUUCCAACUUCACCUGGGCAACACGCCGCACAGCCUGAGCGACGCCGACCUCCGCGAGCUCGCGCGCAAAACGGACGGCUACUCGGGCGCCGACAUCAGCAUCAUCGUCCGGGACGCGCUCAUGCAGCCGGUCAGGAAGGUCCAGUCGGCUACUCACUUUAAAAAGGUUCGUGGUCCGUCCCGAAGCAACAACCAGGUGAUGGUGGAUGACCUCUUGACCCCGUGCUCCCCUGGAGAUCCUGCAGCCAUAGAGAUGACCUGGAUGGAUGUGCCUAGCGAUAAACUACUGGAGCCCAUAGUUUGCAUGUCGGACAUGUUGCGCUCUCUGUCCACCACGCGUCCCACAGUCAACACCGAAGACCUGAUGAAGGUGAAGAAGUUCACGGAAGACUUUGGGAUGGAGGGUUGAGGGACGCCGACCCCGGAGGCUCAGACCUGCUCCCAGUAAAGCCACUCCUCCUGUUCUUCCUCCUCCUCCUCACCGCUGUGUAGGCCUCCAUCUUUCAGCAGGUUGACAUCCAGCUGGUCUGACGUCUGUUCAAGCAGGCCGCGAUUAUAGAACAUCCGAAGGACGUUUUCCAAAUGCCACAUUAGACAAAUCUGUGUGGUUUUUUGUUUUUUGGUUUUUUGGUAGUUGGACAGUAGGUCUCAUGUCUCGCGCCCUCAUUUCUGAUGAUGUAACCCUGCAGAAUCCUCACUACAUGAACUCGGCUGCAUUUUACGCUGGGGAACGCUCCAAGUCCCCGGCCCCGAGCCGACCCGCUCUACGACUGAAGGACUGUACGUUUUGUCGCCGUCGUGCACUUUGCUUCGGAUCCACAUGACGAACCCUGAUGACUGAAGGUGAAGCAGAAGUUUAUCAUUUCCACCAGGCAUGCAAGCGUGUGAAUGCAUCUCAGUGUUUUUAUUGUUAAACGUGCGUGUCUUAAUGUUUCCGUUUAAAUGUCAGGAGCCGGUUGUUUGCUUAUUUAACGUUGAAGCGUGUCUGGCUCAGGCCUGCAGCGGCAGGCCAGUAGCAAUCUGACUGAAGAGAUGUGCCUGACUGGGAGACAAAGCAGAGUCGAUGGCGGUCAUAGUUUUUCACGAGGGUUUCACAAAUUCCAUAAAACGUUUGACAUUUGAACCCAAAUCUUCCAGACACUUUUCUUUCUUUACCUUUUACAAACUCGCAGACCUUCAACGUUCUGUGAGUUUUAUGUUUCUGACAGUAAACGUAAGAAUGAGAGUCCGCCCAGCUCAUUAAAUGUGGCUAAACACGGAACGAGAGCCAGAAACUUUAAACAUAAAACCCUACCAAUGACUGCUUCCGACAGGCGCGACUGCCGAUAUUGCGAAGACGAUUUGAAAUAUAUAAAUAUAUAUCUGAAGCAGUCAUUAGGUACUGCAGUUACGGUCUGGGAUAACAAAUGCCAACGUUUUUAAAAUUUUGGUUGAAACAUUUAACUGCAUCUUAUUCCAGCUGAACCAAAACAAUCACUUGAUUCUGAAAACCUUGUCAAGGCCCAUGAAGGAGACCCGGUCCGGCACAUCUCUGAGAUUUCCCUGCACAUGUAGUGUUAACCUUAUUUAUGGUGAUUCGUCUCCUCUGUAGAGAAACAGUAUGUUUACACUUGAAGUAUUACCUUUCUUGCUGAUUUAGCACCUUUGAAAGGCCUAAUUCAUUUUUUUUUUUUUGCUUUCUGGGAGAGAAAUCCACACUAAUUUUUCUUUGAGAUGCUGCUGCCUAGUUUUGUUUUCAGCCAUCUUGGUUGCUAGGAGAGCAGCCGGCCGUCUUCACAGACGCUGACAUCGGGACGCCAGGCUCCGUGUGCUCUGAGCGACGAGACUCGCGGUGAAUCGAUGACUAAGCCCUGCAGUAGUACAGCUGUGUUUGUCCUGGUAUGUUCUGGUUCAGUGGGAGCUUAGUGAACAAAAUCCCUCAUGUGGGGGAAAAAAACCUGCUGCUGGCUGUGUAACCAUUACAACUAAUUUAACCGGAGUUAAUAAAAACUGACAUUUCAAAUGAA